AUUAUGAAAGUCAAUGAAUUCGCUUUGAAAGAAACGAUACUUACACAAGAUGAUCAGAGCAUUGUGCAAAGCGAAUUUACAUGAAGGCCAGAUGCGGAAACAAGCGGUUGGGAUAAAAGGAGGACUGGUACGCCAGUUGCAUGUCUCCUCUCGGAAAGGGCAGGUUAACGAAAAAAAGAGUAAGCUUGAUGGUGCAACAGACAGAAAAUAUUACUACGAGAUGCCUGGGAACCAGUUGAACCCCCACUCCUAUUUCUAUCGUGUUCUUGCAGUGCCGUACAUGAAGUUUUGCGGAGUCAUCAUUGCAACAUAUUACGGCAUGUCUGGGUUAUGGGAAUAUCUUGACUCUCGGGACAGGAGAAAGAGCGACCUUCUGUGAAGAUAUCUUAAUCUUAUGUAGUUUAUUCGUAAACGCAAGUAGCAGCUUUAUAAAAGGUGCCAGGAAGAGAAAGGAAAAUUAAAUCCUGGGAGAGUACUUUAUA